AUUUUUUACGAAUUAAAUUAUUAAAUUAAAGAAUCUCUGGGGAAAUGGUUGGUUGUUUCAUCAUUUGAAUCAACGCCGUCCCGUCUCCGUCUCCGUCGGACUCAGGCGAUCUCCGAACCGUUGCGAUCUCUCUCGUUCUCUCUCUCCCCUUCCCCCCGUUUGUUUAAGGCAGAAAGUGCUUCCUCGGCUUGCUGGGAUCUGCUCCGUCUUCCAGGGCAGCGAUGGGUGUGGGCGGCCAGAUGAUCUCUAUUCACCCGGAAGAGCUCACCUUUGGAUUGGAGUUGGAGAAACCGUCUUAUUGCAAUCUCAAGGUCAUCAACAAUACGGAGCACCAUGUUGCGUUCAAGGUGAAAACGACGGCUCCGAAGAAAUACUUUGUCCGCCCUAACACUAGUGUGGUGCAGCCUUGGGAUUCAUCCACCGUCAUAGUUACUCUCCAGCCCCAAAAGGAGUACCCACCUGAUAUGCAAUGCAAGGACAAAUUCCUCAUCCAGAGUGCCAAAGUGCCCCCUAUAAGUGACAUGGACGAAAUUCCUAAUGACACGUUUAGCAAAGAAGGUGGUAAGGUAAUAGAUGAACACAAGCUCAAGGUGGUUUACAGAUCUCCGGCACAAUCUGGUCAUGGAAAUACAGAAGAAGAGUCAGGCCUUGCUUCCGCAGCUACCGGAAGAAGAGGAUCUGAUAUGAUGAAUAACUCAAGUUUCGAAGAGACCCAAGCAUUACAACGUUUGAAGGAAGAAAGGAAUGCAACUCUUCAGCAAAAUCAUCAGUUCCAAAGAGAAUUGGAAAUCUUGAAGAAGCGCAGAAGCCAUAAAGGUGACGCUGGGUUUUCUUUGGCAUUUACAGCAUUUGCUGGUUUAAUAGGUAUACUGGUUGGGUUCAUCUUGAACCUUACCUUAUCAACACCUUCAUCUGGAUAGUUGACAUUGAUCUUUAGAUCUUGAGAAUGUCUUAAAAUGCUUCUUAUUUUUCUUCGACAUUUGCUUUGGAGAAUCACUCAUUGGUUGGAGUUUUUUUACUUUAAUUUAUUCACUUUGUUUUGGAUGCAUUCUUUUCUGUAUUAAUUUUGCACAAGAGGAAGCUUGGCUAUUGUAAGAUUCUACACUUCAUUCCAAAUGUUUGUCAAAUGAGAUCUCUCUGUUUUUUGUGUG